AUGCGUAGCUACGGUUUAGCUACGCAUUUUUACAAGCUGGCCGCGUUGCAAAGCGAAUACUCUCGAGUGCGCUGCGGUUUCUCAUUUUGCUUUUCAUUGUUGUUUUUUCAAGGCCUAAAUUUCCCUAAAAUUCAAGUUACAUCAACUAAAACCGGUUUUAAGAAGGUAAGUUACAUUGACAGACUAAUUUCCACCAUAUAUGAUGAAUAAACUUGCAGAGAAACCGUUCGAAAGGCUCGAAAAAUCGAUUUUUUGACAAAAAAAAUGGAUUUUUAUCGAAAGAAUGUGAUUAUGCUGUCAGAAAGCGAAUUUCGGAAACAAAAAGUGAGUUGUUUUUAAUUAUCCUGAUAAGCAGAAUCUAGAAAAUGAAGAUUGUUGGAAUUUCUGUCUAAACUUGUGUAAUGAAGGAUAUUUUGUUGAAUUCCUGAUUCUUGAAGAAUAGUUGCAUUUCUCAGUCUAUCUUUAGUUCAAUAAAUCAGUUUUUCAGCUCGUACCCCAUUCAAUCUUCCAUCAGACAAGGAAAAUCACAUUGCCAGCCUCAAAAUAUUCUUCAGCAUCGCCAUUUACAUCAAAACCCGGAUAAAACUGAUAUAA